GCUGACGAUUGCGCAGCUGUGUGAGCGCGCAAUUGAGGGCAAGGAGCCGGAGCAGGACAUGAUCAUGGCGGUGAAGAGGCAGGAGAUUGCCAGCGCGUGGUUUGCGCGCGACCUGCGCGUAGACGAAGUCUGCCGGCUGCUGCACAGCGAUGUGGAUCUGGCAGUGGACGUGUCGCGGCUCGAGUCGCCGGAGGAGAUCCGCCAGACCAAGGAUACUCACCUGGGGCUUGUGGCCAAGGCGCACCCUCGGCCUGCCAGUCUCCCAGGCCCUGCUGGUGUUCAGCACGCAGCCGCUGAACGAGCACGACGCGCUUCCGGUCCGCCCAGUGGUGGUGUCGGCGCGGUUCCGCGGCAAUCGCAUCAAAAGCACAUGGACGCCAGCCGAACCGGACCUGUGCUGGGCGCAGUUCCACAAUGGCGUGGCCAGCGCAUUGGCGCUGGACCGCGACCAGGUCGCCAGGGUGCAUGCAUCGUGGGUAUUGCUGAACCGCCCCGCGGAUGAGCCGGUGGGCUUGCCGGGCGAAGAAGACAAGGUGCGUGAUCACCGGCUUCUGCGUGCUUCGCAUGCGGGCGUAUUGCUCGGCCUGGGGCUGGCGGGCGCUGGCCCGCUGCGCACCCUGCCGCCAUGGCAGGCGUUCCAGUACCUGAGCGCGCGCGACGGGCUGACGUCGGUCGGCUUCCUGCUGGGCACGGCCUGCGCUGCCCAGGGCACCGGCGACGCGCAGGCUGCCAAGCUCCUGUCUCUGCAUAUCCCCAGCCUUUUGCCAGCGGGGGCGUCUGAGCUGAUGCUGCUGUCGCAUGGCACACGUGCUGCUGCCAUGCUCGGCCUGGGGCUGGUCUAUGCGCGGUCGCAGAAUCGCCGCAUGGUCGAGGUUGCUCUGCGCGAACUGUCCAUGUGCCGCACUGCCCCGGCCGAGGACCACUCGGCGCGUCUCGAUGAUGCUGAUCCGGCUGAGAGCUCCCGCGAAUGCUACGCCUUGUCGGCUGGCUUUGCCCUGGGCCUGCUGGUGCUUGGCCAGGGCCAGAGGACCGAGACCCUGGCUGACCUGAAUCUGCUCGACACGCUUUCGGCCAUGGUUGGCCGGACCGUCGGCGCUGUGGGCGCAGAGAGCGAGCGCACCGGCCGGCCAGGCAGCGCAAUGCCAAGCGCGCAUGCUAUGCCUGGCGUAUCGGAUCUCGGCCCGGUUGCCGCCCUGGGGCUGGCAUUCCUGGGCACAAACUACCGCCCGGCCGCCCACCGCCUAGCACUGCCUUCAACGCUGCAGCUGCUGCGCACCACCGAUCCCUUCGUGCUGCUGUGGAAAACGCUAAUGCGCUGCCUGAUCAUGGCCGAUGCAAUCACGCCCACUGCUGCCUGGAUCGAAUCAACCGUGCCCAUGCCAGAGUCGCCGGAGCCGGAUCUGGUGCGCGCGCGCCUGCACAUUACCUCUGCCGCCUGCUUUGCGCUGGCAAUCAAGCACGCGGGCUCCGAGGAUGCAAUGGCACUGCAGACGCUUUUGCAGUAUUUCGACCAACUCCACGCACUGGCCAAACGCCCAGCCGCCGGCUACGAAGCCCGGUUGACGCGGGCUUCGGCGCAAGCCUGCCUGAACAUUCUGUGCAUUUCCUGCGCCCUGGUGAUGGCCGGCAGUGGCAAUAUCGAAGUGAUGCGGCGCCUGCGCUGCCUGCACGCGGCCACACCCAUGCGCUCGUACGGCGACCAUAUGGCAUCGCAUAUGGCGCUGGGCCUGCUGUUUCUGGGCGGCGGCGCGCGCCUGACACUGUCACUGCAGCGACUUUAGCAUGGCAGUGCUGCUGAUUGCCAUGUUCCCGCGCUUCCCGCGCUGGCCUGCCGACAACUACGAGCAUUUGCAGGCGUGGCGGCAUCUCUGGCCACUGUGUGUGAGGGUGCGGGUCUUGCUGGUGCGCGAUGCC